AUGGCUGUUAAUCGAUGUCAGUGGCGUUCUUGUUAUCAGCUUUCUAAUAAAUCCUGGUUGUACGGCGGCGAAGUAUCAGUGUUGAACGCUGACGUUAUGCUAUCGAUUGUGAUGAUGUCAAUGGUUCUGAGCUUUGUGUUGUCACCAGAUCUCAUAUCACCGACGGGAACCGCGGGAGUCAAGGCCAUGGUAGGGUUUGACCAAAUACUUUCUGAUCUCUGGACAAAAGCUCAUGAUACGGGGAAAUUCCGUUACAAGCUACCGCAAGAUAAGAUUUCACACGUGUUGCCUGAUAUCUUUUUCAAACCCGUUGUCUUGUUCCUGAACCACAAGCCUGUUUCAACCAGGUAUUUAUGCAUGGGUUUCAACAGUCUUCUUGCCCAUGCUUCUGUGAAUCACCUGCAUUUCCAUUUUUGGCAGGCACCCGAGCCACUGUAUGCGAUGGUAGAGGAUACGCGGACAAAGCCAAAUCUUCCGGCGUAUUCGGAACUUCCAGAACACCCUGUGCACAACUUCACUUUCGAGCUCUCCACUGUUGAUGGAAUUGGACAAUUCAUUGACUCCAUAUGGCGUGUCAUUGAGGCUUGUCAAUCCGAAGAGAUUGCACACAAUCUGUUUCUGGCCAGGGUUCUAAACCAUAAAAGCAAUCACGGAUUAUUACGUGCUGUUGUUUGGCCGAGACGGUCGGUCUACACCCCGAAGACUGUUGGUUCGGAGAACAAAAUCGGAACGGGUUACAAUGUUGCAGUUGCCGAACUUGCUGGAAUGUUUGUGGUGGCUAGUCACGAGGUUGCCGCAGACAUGUGUCAGGCUACAGUACUCAGGGCACUCACCGCCGAACGUGUUUCGGACGAGGUCAUCAAAUCGCUUGAAACGAAACUGCUUCAAUGA